AUGGCCUCCUCUCCGCCGACCUUCCAGUCCGCCCUCCUCGCCGGCGCCCUCGCCGGCACAACCGUUGACCUCUCGCUCUUCCCGCUCGACACCCUCAAGACGCGUCUCCAGUCGUCGGCCGGCUUCUUCCCCUCCGGCGGCUUCACCGGCAUCUACCGCGGCAUCGGCUCCGCCCUCGUCGGUUCCGCCCCCGGCGCCGCCUUCUUCUUCUGCACCUACGAGGCGUCCAAGGGCGCUCUCGGCGGCCUGAUGCCCUCGGCCCUGACCCACAUGGCCGCCGCGAGCCUCGGCGAGGUCGCCGCCUGCGCCAUCCGCGUGCCCACCGAGGUCGUCAAGCAACGCGCCCAGGCUGGCCUCCACGGUGGCUCCUCCGCCGCCGCCCUCAAGGCCAUCCUGGCUCGCUACCCGUCCCACGGCGUCGCCGCCGUCUGGCGCGAGCUCUACCGCGGCUGGAGCAUCACCGUCUUCCGCGAGGUGCCCUUCACCGUCAUCCAGUUCCCCCUGUGGGAGGCCAUGAAGGACUGGCGUCGCCGCCGUCGCGCCGACGGCGACGACGUUUCCGCCAUCGAGAGCGCCCUCUUCGGCAGCGUGGCCGGUGCCGCCGCCGCCGCCCUGACGACGCCGCUCGACGUCCUCAAGACGAGGGUCAUGCUCUCCAAGGAAAAAGUCUCCGUCGGCCACGUCUUCCGGACCUUGGCCCGGGACGAAGGUUUCCGUCCGUUCUUCGCCGGCAUCGUCCCGCGCGUCACCUGGAUAUCCAUCGGCGGUGCCAUCUUCCUCGGAAGCUAUCAGUGGGCCGUCAAUACCAUGAAGCCCAUGGUCUGA